CGAAAUAGGAGCAGAUGACCUUGGUCGGGUCACUGCAAUUUUGACUUUCACUUUGAAGAUGACGUUGUAUUCGAUUAUUCUGCCUACGUAUAAUGAGAGGGAAAACUUACCAAUCAUCAUAUGGAUCAUUGAUAAAGUCAUGAACGAAAACAAUCUUUCCUAUGAAGUGAUAAUUGUAGACGACAACAGUCCGGAUGGAACAGGUGAAGUGGCUAAGAAGCUUCAGUCUAUCUUCGGGGAAAAUAAAAUAAAUUUAAAACCAAGGAGUGGAAAAUUGGGACUAGGCUCAGCUUAUUUGCAUGGUCUUAAGUUUGCAAAAGGUGAUUUUAUCAUAAUCAUGGACGCUGAUUUAUCUCAUCAUCCAAAGUUUAUUCCUGAAUUCAUCAAAUUACAGAAGCAGCAUGACUAUGAUGUUGUCACUGGUACUCGAUAUUCAUGUAAUGGAGGUGUAAGUGGUUGGGACCUUAAGCGUAAGCUGAUCAGUCGUACAGCGAACUAUAUAGCUCAAGUGCUCCUUCGACCAAAAGCGUCUGAUUUGACGGGAAGUUUCAGAUUAUACAAAAAAGAAGUACUAAAAGACUUAGUGUCACGGUGUACUUCACGUGGAUAUGUCUUUCAAAUGGAAAUGAUAGUGUUGGCUUCUACUCUGGGCUACAAAAUUGGUGAGGUCGGUAUAACAUUUGUAGAUAGAUUCUAUGGAGAAUCAAAGCUUGGAGGAACAGAAAUUGUCCAAUACUUAAUGGGUUUAUUGCACCUCUUUUGUACUUGUUAAUUUUUUAUUUGUGAUUUUCUAAUAGACGCUUGACUUUCCA